GCAAAUAUGUCUCUAGUUGCCGAUCUUUUCCAAGAGUGACGUUUUACCGCAUCACUGACCAAACAAACAUUGUAAAAUACGAAGAUAAAAAUGGUGGGUCGAGUAGACUGAACACAAUAAAAAAAUAUGCAGCAUUAUUUUGUGACCGCUUUGUCGGUUAGGUUUUCAACUACCUCCGUUCGCGUUAUUACGAACAACUCGGCUGGCGGUUUUCGCAAACAUUAGCGCGCUACUAAGAAACUCAAGCAGUUGUAGUCUUUCUGAACCAGGAAGACGACAGUCCAUGAUGGACGCGGUAUUCAAUUUGCACUACAUUUCCCAGAAUGCUUCGCUCGACGAAGUGACAGUCCGACCCCUCUUGUCUCUCGUACUAGUCGGCGGCUAACAUAGUUGUCAGCAACCGCUGGUUGUCUGUCCGGGCGACCACAGAAUGGGGGUAUCAGAUUUAAAGUUUGACACAAAUGCAGGACCCGUGGUGGAUCUUUCUGCCCAGGGUUUGCAGAAGCUGGAUCCCACUUUCACCUGCUCUGAAGACACUCACACUCUCAUCCUGGACCGUAACCAUAUUAUGAAGCUGGACCAUCUGGAAAGGAGCCCAGGCCUUCAACAGCUGUCAGUAGCUAAUAACCGUCUGGUGAGGAUGAUGGGUGUGUCUCGGCUGAUGGAGCUGAGAGUCCUCAAUCUUCCCAAUAACAGUAUUGGCUACAUCGAGGGGCUAAGAGAUCUCCCUCACCUGAAAUGGCUCAACCUGUCUGGAAACAAUAUUAAGGUCAUCGAGCAGCUCAGCAGCUGUGUUUCCCUUCAACAUCUCGAUCUAUCUGACAAUAACAUAUCAGCCAUCGGUGACAUAACAAAACUGGUGGCGUUGAAGACUCUCUUACUCCAUGGAAACAGCAUUACAACACUUCGGACUGUUCCCGCUCACCUACCCGUCCAUUUAUCCAUUCUCUCCCUGGCAGAAAACGAGAUAAGAGAUCUCAAUGAAGCGUCAUACCUGGCACCUCUCCAUGAACUGGAGCAGCUUUCUAUAAUGAGCAACCCCUGUGUUAUGGCCACCCCGUCACUACCAGGUUUUGACUACCGGCCUUAUAUCAUGAGUUGGUGCCUGAACCUGAAGGUCCUGGACGGCUACGUAGUGUCGCAAAAAGAAGGCCUUAAAGCAGAGUGGCUGUACAGUCAAGGGAAAGGACGUUCGUAUCGACCGGGUCAGCACGUGCAGCUCGUUCAGUACCUCGCCACUGUUUGCCCUCUGACCUCUUCGCCAGCCUUGGAGACAGCAGAAGAUGCCAAGCUGGAGAAGAUCCUCAAUAAGCAGAGGUUUCACCAAAUGCAGCUGUUAGAAGAGACCGAGAGUGAGGCAAACUGUCCAAGUCCUCCUCGUCCAACUCAUCUGGACGUAGAGAAGCACAGUCCUCCAGAUGCCGCGCUGCAGGGUGGAAACAGAGAAGUGAAGAUAAACACUGCCACUGGUCCAACUGAUGCUCCAUCAGUAACAGAGAAAGAGCCGUCUGUGCAGUUCAAUACUUGGGUCAGCUGCGAUUCUUCUCACACAUCAUUGCCAACAGUUCGUUCCCCCAGGUUGAGGGAGGAGCACAUCUAUUUGGAGGAUGUUCAGACAGAUGAGGAGAAACUCAAUGACAGUCUGCUCUCUUCCGAGUCCACCUUUCUCCCCUUCCCCUCUCAUCUGGAGCCGCAGAUGAUCCAUUCCGACAGCGAAGACGAGACAGAGACGUUUGAACCCGAUUCCUUGGCCCCACAGCGUCCAACACAGCCCAAAAAGCAAAGCACAAACAAACAACAGCAACAUUCUCCCACAGUGGAUAAACAACACAGGAAGACUCCUGAAGAAGAGGUUACUUCAAGUGCAUCCACAACAGUUCUUUCCCCAGGGUUCAGAGUUAGCACGCCACUAAACGAUCUGGAAACGUCCUCCAACUCUGGCAAAGCAGAGAUGAAGGAAGCCCCCAAGCAAGAAGACGCUGGUUUUUGUGUCAGCAAAUCAAGUUUGAUGGAGGCAGAGAAGGCAGCGGUGAAAAUCCAGUCCUGGUGGAAGGGACACUACACCCGAUGGUGUCACCCCAUGGCCAGAGAGGUGCGCAGCGAAAUCCGCCUGCGCAGGAUGCAAGAGCAUGUCCUCUACCUGUCUGAGAAGCUGGGCAGUGUGCAGAGGCAGUACGAGGAAGAACGACUCCAGAGGCUGGUUCAAGAGGAAGCUGUGAAGUUUUUGUGGAAAGAGCUCCAGUCUAUGCAGCAGUGGAAGACGUCUGUGGAGCAGCAGCUGGCCAACAUGACUCAGGCCGUCGCCCUGGCUCAGGUCUCAUCACCCGGACUAUGUAAGGCCUCCCCGCCCGUUGCCUCCAGCACAAAGAACCCUCCCAGCACGGACGUGUCAUUCCCAGACUCCGGCUUCCAGUCGACAAGCAAUCAGCCAUCGGUGCAGGACGACAGCUUCCUAAGCAGUGGCACGGAGGACUCUCUGAAGACGGUACGAGCGCUGAGCCCCGUCCGUGGUGGCGUGGACAGCUCGGACUGCAGCCUCCUGGAGCAGUACCUGUCCUCUGUGCAGCAGAGGGAGGAGGAGGCCGAGGAGGCGGUCAGCGACAGAACAGAAACGCCUCAGCUCUCCUCACCCGUCUGCUCCGGUGAAACGGCACAGUCGGGCUCCCCUGCACAGAAAGCAGCAGACGAAGUGGAGAGAACAGAUGGAGGCGGUCUCAGCCCCGUCUGAGGAUCCAGACCUGCACAGUAUUCAAAGUCAUCCAGUUCACGUACCGGUAUAAACAGGAAACGUUUUCCUCGGCUGUUUGUUAACUUACUUUCAGAAAGUAGUACUUACGGGAAACGACAAUUGUAAGAUGUAAGAGCAAGGAUUUCACUUCUAAGACCAAAGAUGAGGUCUUAGAGAAAUGAGAGGAAGUGUUUUAAAUUAGUUUUUUGCUCAUUUCCUGAUUUAUUUUUGCUCCUUUGAAACACUACUUUGUUCCUUAUUUGUAGUACUUUUAGAAAAACUAAGCAAACAACAGGAGAGAAUCUAUUUCCUGUUUUUAACUGGUAUACAUGCAUUAGAUGACUUCUAGGCGGAGCUGGUUUUCAUCUUUAAAAAAAUGCCAUUUUCAAAUGAAAACACUAGCAUUAGUAUUUUAACUGAGCUUUUCAUUCAUAACCAAUUCCCAUCCAGACUGAAACACAGCCUGUAAUCUUUUUAAGCGAAAACGGAAAGAGAAACACUCUGAGAAGCGUUUUGAAAUCUUUCCUCUGUCGAGGUUGAAUAGCACCAGGGUAAUGUGGACAUGUGGCUUGUCCAUAGCCAAAAAAGAAAGUAGAUGUAGCCUUAAAUGUCUGUUGGAGAUGUCUUGAAACUUUGGUCGAUUACUGAAAACUGCACUUGUCUUAAACUGACCUGCGUCAAGAAAAGAAAAACACUAAAUGACUGUGAAGUUUGUUUUCAUACUUCACCACCUGUGUACUUUAUUUUAGUUUUUAUGUAAAGACAAUGAUUGUAAUGUAGCUUCAGAAGAAUUUUCUCGAUCACAUGCGGUGAGGACGGUUCCUCCCAUUUCUAAUAAAAUCUGACACAGUACCCUACAACGUUAUUAUUGUAAUUAAACUAUAACAUAAUAAGUCAGAUUACAGAUUGGUAUGUUAAAAUUGAAACCACAGACACUUACUGUAUCUGCAUACAAACGAAUGAAUGUGAAUAAAAGAAAAAACUUCUGUGUGAAAACUAUUUAUUAACUUAUAACCAGCUGGUCAAAACGUCAUGUAUAAAUGUGUAAAACUUGGAAAAAGUACAGCAAUAGAAGGAACAAAGCAGCAAAUGUGAAAUGUUAAUGAUGACGACGAGCCGUUUUAUUACUGUGUAUUUUUAAGCCGUUCCCGUUCUGUUGUUUGCUCUGCUGAAAUAAAAAUGUUUUGAUAAUAA